AUGUCUCAGCCUACGCGCGACGUUUCCCACCAGACCAACAUUAACAAGAUGAAGACGGAGAACGGUAACUUCAACCGCGCUGCUUCAUCUUUCAGAAACUUUAUCGAGAAAGACGGACAGUUUCCUCCUGAGAAAGAUAGAUAUCACCUCUACGUCUCGUAUGCCUGCCCAUGGGCCACGCGCACCCUGAUCAUGCGUAAACUCAAGGGACUGGAGGACAUUAUCCCUGUGACCGUGGUGUCACCUCGAAUGGGAGAUGACGGUUGGCCCUUUGCUGUCGCAGAUGAGUUCCCUGGUGCCGACAAGGACCCAAACUACGAUUCUAAACACGUCAAAGAUCUCUAUUUGCGUGCCAAUCCCGACUAUUCCGGGAGAUUCACUGUUCCCGUGCUAUGGGAUAAGAAGCAACACACCAUUGCGAACAAUGAGUCUUCGGAAAUCAUCCGGAUGUUCAAUUCGGCCUUCAACGACCUUAUCCCUAAGGAAAAGGCAGACUUAGACUUCUACCCCGCUAACCUCCGGACAGAGAUCGACGGAGUAAACGAAUGGGUUUACGAUACCAUCAACAAUGGGGUGUACAAGUCGGGUUUCGCAUCAACUCAAGAGGCCUAUCAGACCGCUGUUGUUAAAGUAUUCGAAUCUUUGCACCGUGUCGAGAAGAUCUUGGAAGGGAAAGAGUACCUCGUUGGUGACCGUCUGACGGAGGCAGACAUUCGACUUUUCGUCACGAUUAUUCGGUUCGACCCCGUCUAUGUGGGCCACUUCAAGUGCAACAUUCGUACCAUUCGUGGUGGCUAUCCUAACAUCCAUCUCUGGCUGCGCCGACUGUACUGGAACAACGACGCCUUCAAGUCGACGAACAACUUUGAGCACAUCAAGACGCACUAUUACUGGUCUCACCCCUUUAUCAACCCGCACCGCAUCGUGCCUGUGGGCCCUAUCCCCAAUAUUGAACCUUUGUAA